ACCUAAUAAAAACGCAAGAAAAUUCGCCUUCCAAGGCGAAAAGGACUCCCUUUUCCCACCACUUCCCCCCUCCUCCGUCCGUCCCUCCCCCACCGCUCGCCGCAGCCAUGGCCGCCUCCUGCGGCCUCGUCGACGUCGAGCCCCCCGAGCUCCAGUUCCCCUUUGAACUCGACAAGCAGAUCUCCUGCCCCCUCAAGAUCACCAACAGGACCGAGAAGACCGUCGCGUUUAAGGUUAAGACGACGAGCCCCAGGAAGUACUGCGUGCGUCCCAACAAUGGCGUCGUGCAGCCGCGAUCCGCCUGCGUCGUUGUAGUCACGAUGCAAGAGCAGAUAGUCGCGCCUCCGGACUUGCAGUGCAAGGACAAGUUCUUGGUGCAGAGCGUGGUUGUCAGCGAUGGAUUGUCAGCCAAGGACGUUACCUCUCAAAUGUUCAUGAAAUAUGAUACCAACAUGGUUGAGGAGGUGAAGCUCAAGGUUGCUUAUGUGAUGCCACCCGAACCACCGUUGGAGAUCGCAGAGGAGUCUGAUGUUCCACGGAGAAUUAUGGUGCCUAUGCAGCGGAUUCUAGAUAAUGGGAGGAGCGCUUCAGAGCUGUCAAGUGGUAAUGUAUCAUUGAGAUCGGCUGAGAUGGGAACAGAGGUUGGAUCACCUCUUGGACGAUUUGGGAAGAAUGAGGAUUUACUGAAGACUGCAGGACCUGUUGUUGAAACAAGAAUACAUGCAGGAGCUGAUGAACAAUACCAUGAGCUGUCAUCUUUGGUUUCAAAAUUGACCGAAGAAAAGAAAUCUGCACUCGAGCAAAAUAGGAAGCUUCGGGAGGAGCUGGAGCUUGUAAGGCGUCAAGUCAGUCAAAAGCAAGGAGGCUUCUCGUUGGCAUUCGUACUGGUGAUUGCACUACUUAGCAUUAUUCUGGGAUGUCUUGUAAAGAAAUGAGAAAUCUCAUGGGCAAGUUUAGUCAGAUAAUUGCUACAGUAAAUAAAAAAAUGUGAUCUCGUGGGAUGCUUAGUUUUGUUGGUCAGCUGCCAAAGGACGCAGAAAAGAAAUGUGCCGUGUUUGGUGAGGUUUAAAGUGUCCAAUGGACAAAAAAGGUGGUGUGUGACUUCGUAGUGGUAAUCUAGUUUGAUCCAUGAUGUAUUUUAAACUAAUUAUUGGAAAGUUACUUCUAUUGAUUGUUA